UGAUUCAUCUUAUAACAAACUCAACAACCCCAUAAUUUAGGUCUUAUUAGUAUUUGGUUUGUGUUCAUUUAGCAUAAAUUUUCUUGAAAUUUGUUUUUUUUUAAAUCAUAAAAAUGCCACCUUUUGUUGGAUCAAACCCUCUUUCAUAUGGUUUCAGACACGAAAACAACAACAACAUGGAUUCAGAUUCCAACAUAGUCACCAUUGAUGUUGGUGGUCAUCUUUUUCAAACAACCAAACAAACCCUAAAUCAAGCAGGUUCAAAAUCCCUUUUUUCCACAAUUUCUAGUAAUGAUUCAAUUCCAUUUAUUGAUAGAGACCCUGAAAUUUUCUCUAUUUUACUAUCCCUUUUAAGAACUGGAAAUUUACCAUCAAAAGCUAAAAACUUUGAUAUUCAAGAUUUGAUUUUUGAAGCUAAAUUUUAUGGUGUAGAACAACUUAUUUUGAAUUCCCAGUCAAACCCAUCUCAGUUUGAGCCUUUUGAUCUUGAAAAAUCUCUUCUUUUACCUUUAACUGGUAGAGAUUCACCUACAGCGAUUUCCACAACACAAAAUGGUUCAGUUCAAGUAGCUCAUGGUUGUAAAAUUACUUCUUUUGAUUGGUCUUUAAAGAGAAAAUCCACAAUUUUAACUCUAUUUCCAGCUAUUGAUUCUAUGUUGUGUUUAAAUUCAAGAACUGUUGCAGUUGGUGCUACUGAUUUUUCAGGUUUACAGGUUCUUGAUCUUGUUAAGGGUUCUGUUAAAAAGAAUCUUAAUUGGGAAAAUGUGACCAAGUCUGGUUCAACAGUACAAGCUAUUGGAUCAUCAGGUGAGUUCUUGUUUACGAGUUUCGAAUCAUCUAGGAGGAAUUCGAAUUGCAUUAUGGUAUAUGAUGUUAACGAUGAUUUUAAACCGGUUACUAAGAUUGGUCAUUAUGAAAUCUUUGGUGCUCAGUUGGAUUCAGCAAUUCCAGCUACUAAGUUAAGAUGGUUACCUAGUCAUAACUUGUUAAUGUCUGCUGGUUCACAUAGUGGUCCUUCUGGUGUACUUGGGAAUAUUAAGUUUUGGGAUUUAAGGUCCGGGAAUACAGUUUGGGAAAUAAAGGAAAAUGUUGAUUGUUUCUCCGAUAUCACAGUUUCGGAUUGUUUGUCUGGUAUUUUUAAAGUUGGAGUACACUCGGGCGAGGUUUUUCUUGCUGAUUUGAGGAAUAUUGGUUCUGAGAAUACUUGGAUUUGUCUUGGUGAUCAAAGAAAGGUAACGAAUGGUAAAAAGGAAGGAAGUGGAUGCAAAAUCGAGAGCCAUGGGAAUCAAGUUUUCUGCACUAAAGGAGGAAAUGUUGAGUUGUGGUCUGAGGUUCUUAUCGAUGGUUCGAUAAAAGGUAAGUUUGGAUCAGAAGACAGAGUUUUUAGGAAGAACUAUAUGGGAAGAGCCAAAGAUUUUUGUGGAAAUCGGAUAACUCACUUCAGCUUUGGAGGGAAUAGAAUGUUUGUUACACGAAAGGAUCAGCAAUUUGUUGAGGUUUGGCAGAGUUCAAUUAGGGGAUUUUAGUUUUUUUUCGCGAGCAUUGGCAGGAGUAGGUCAUGGCAUUGAAGCCAACUUGUCUGGGACUAAGACGCGGUUCAUUGAUUGAUUUAUUGAUUGGUAAGAGAAGGUUAGUGACUAGUUUUAUUAUUUGUAGAUGUUUUAUAUAGUUCAUCUAACCUGUUAUGUGCACAGAAUUGUAUUUAUACAACGCUAAUGAAAUGCCGAAAUGUGAUUCUUUUUUUGUUUCAGUCUUGUUCAUUUCUUCACUAUUAAGUCUUUGUUGAAUGUAUGGCUCUUUUGUUAUAUAGUUCUUAUCUUCUUUGCUUUUAAGUUAACUUCUAAAGCAGAGGUCGGGUAGGUUUGAAAGGCUGCUAAGAAGAAUAGUUUUCUUCACUCUUGCAACCUUCCACGCCAAGUUAAGUUGAAGGUAUCGAUCCCAAUAGCCUUUCAAGUUGCUCCAGAAGAGAAUUAAUCAAGUCGUCCGAAGAUAGUAUAUAUUGCUGUACCUUUGUGCUACCAAAAAUGAUUCAGUUUAGCUAUAUGAAUCUGUUGUCGUCUGUUGAUCGUCUUUGCUAGGAGAAACUCAUCGUCUUUGCUAGGAACUCACAUUAGUUGAGGUCUUGAGGGCAAGAAGGGGCAGCCCGAUGGACUGAAGCUUCCGCUAUGUGCAGGGUCCAAGAGGGGCCUAUUGUAUGCAGCCUUACCUUGCAUUUCUGCCAGAGGCUGAUUCCAAGGCUUGAACCCGUGACCUCCUGGUCACAUGACAACAACUUUACAUGUUGAAGCCUUGAGGGUAUGGGAUGUAAUCUCUCUAUAUAGUUUGAAUCAUUCUCCCCUCCCGGGGAAGUUUUUGGGGUUGAGCGAGGCCAAUCUCCAUUUUCUUUAUAUAGAAUUAGAGUCAGACUAAUCCUUGUUCUUGGUUUACCCAAUAUUGCGCCCUCAUUUGGUUGAGGAUACGAGUUUUAUAGUCU